UCAUUUUUGCCUCCCCCCUCCCUCCCCUCCCUCAGUCAAGCUCCACUCUCAAUCCCAAGUACAUCUCUCAAUCGCCAUAUUGGGUACUGAGAAGGUUUGUCUGCUGUUUCUCUCACUACAAGACGAAAUUGACAGAGCGGCUUCAGUUCCUGACCACUUUGUUUUGAUGAUCCGCGCAGACUACAUUGGACUCCAAAACGCCGCGGCCGUUACCGUCUCCACCUCGACGUAUGCAUGGCAUAAGUCGUUUUACGGUUGUUUUGGAUCUUGCUCAGAGACGAGGAGAUACCCGUUGUUUUUGAGCGGUGUGUUUUUCUCGUGAAAACUGGACGCUCCUGGCUGUUUGAAAAAUAUUGUCUUUCUUUUGGGGGGAAAAUGUCGGAUGUUCGACUAUCAAACGGGAGCCCGACGCUGGAGCGGACGGACCCCCGGGUGUCUGAUCACCCGAAACCGUCAGCCUGCAGAAACCUCUUCGGCUCGGUGGAUCACGAAGAGUUAAAGAGGGAUUUAAAGGGACAUUUUCGGGAGAUGGAAGAGGCUGCCUCCGCCAAGUGGGGCUUCGACUUCGCCAAUCACACGCCGCGGGUCAACGGCAGGCUCGAGUGGGAAUUAGUUGAUUACAGAGACGUCCCGAGUUUCUAUAGCAAACAGCCGAGGAGGGAGAAGGGCGUCUGCUCCGCUGGGAAUAACAACGUGGAUUUAAAUGGGAAUCAUAAUUGUGUUGUGGCUCCGAACGAAGAUAACGUUACCGACAGAUCUGACGGACAGAUGGAGUGCACGGAGCAGUGCACCGGGCUGAGGAAAAGACCUGCAUAUCACGACCCUUCGGCCCAAAACAAGAGGUCACACACCAGCUCAGAUGAGGUUAGUUGUCCAAGCCGGACCUAUUCUGCAGAACACACACCCAGAAAGACUAGUCCCAAGAGGCAAACGUGAGGAAGAGAAAAGAGUCGAAGAUUUAUUUCCCCUUUUUCACGGGGGAAACCUCAGUGUUGGCCGAGUUUGGAAGUGGAACUACACAGCAUCAAACAUAUCAACUCUCCUGCAGACGGGGGAGGACGCUGUUGAAGCACUGAAUAGAAACACUAAAGUUGUGGCACUCAAUUAAAAAGUUACUGCCUCUAAAAGCAGUCAAUGUAGCAGCGUGCAAUUAGGUUUGAUUUCCUUUUUUGCUCUUUUUUUUUUUUUUUUUUUUUUUACUACCUGUGUGUAAAUAAAUAUACAUAUAUUAUAUUUCUCUCCAUAUGUAGCACAUAAGAAAACAUUAUGAUUUGAACACAAAUCCUCGAUGUAAAAUGGUGUGAAUUUUGAUUUGACUUGAAGAAUUGCAGUGUAGUUUGAUACAUGUUUCCAAAAUGCUGUUUUGUUUGAUAUUUUAUUAUUUCAUGAAAGGCAGUUUGACUUUGACAUGGUCCCUAAUUGCUACAUUUAAAACACAAUCAUGGCUUCUUACAGUUUCUUAACAGUGUAUCUUCACUCCGUCAUCAUCCUAACUCAGCAGUGAAGAAUGGUACAAAUGUAGCUCAUCUGUUUUUUAUUUUUCCUUCCUCUGGUCAUUUCUGUUACCACAUGCAUGUUCUCCUAUAAGAUCUAUUUCCCUAGGAAAUCAACACAGGGAAAGGAAAAAAGUAUAUUUCUGUUAAGACUUCCUUUACAUCACCCGAUAUUUAUUUUGUGAUAGGUGCUCUUAGCAUCAAUUGAAUCCUGGAAUAUGAUCUUCUAUAUAUAUAAUUUUUUUUGUCCUUUUUUUUUUUUUUUUUUUUUUUUUUCUCAAGUUCUCCUGCACACCUCAGCCACAUUGUAAUGGUGUGUUUUGAUUUCCUCUGGAGUUUUGAGGUACUCAGAUAUUGAAGGACAAAGACCAUACAAACUGCACAGGUUGUGUUGUAAAGUCAUCCUCUCUCCGACUACAUUUGUUUUGUUUCAUCAGCCGCUCUUCAGAGAGGAGGUUUUCUGAAAAGGCUUUGAAUGUCCUACAAUACCAAAUACAUGGUUGCUUCAGUAUGGUUGCCAGCACCACCGGUGCUCCUUAAUUGACUUCACAUUGUAUUACUUUGUGAUAACCUAGCCGUAAGUUUCCGUUCAUGUUUGUAUUUUCUUUUUCACCAAUGUUGUUAGCCUGCUGAGGAUGCAAAUGUGAGCAUCUAAAAGCUUCCCUUUAUUUGUCUAAAAUGUGGGUUAUAUUCAAAGAGACCAGUGUACACCUGGAUGGAGCGAGAAAACGGCUUGUCUCAGAAAUGCAGUCACCAUGCCUGUGUAUUUGUGUAAAUCUUUGCAAUGUACCUAUGUACAUAAUUUUGUAAAAACACUGAGAAAUUAUACUAACUUAUUUAUGUCAAGCUUUUUUUAUGUAGAAUAAAAAAUGGGUUUUUGAUUACGGUUAUCCAAAGUGGCAUUUACUUUAUUAUAAUUGUCUUAUUUUGUAAAAGCAUAUUUUUGGUAGUUUUUGUUGUUUGUUUUUUUUUUUUGUUUUUUUUUUUUCUUAUCAAUAAGGUUGCAAACUGAGCCUGAUAAAAUAAUUUGAUGUGCAUUAUGUAAUGUGUGGUUAUAAAAUGUGUUGCAAUCAAUUAAAAGAGAAAAUUAAAUCUA